AUGUCUUUUCUGUUUAUUUUCCAGGGCACUGUCAAAGGUAUUGUUGAAAUAAAUCUUUCAAAAUAUCCCGAUUUUAGUAUAAAAACAAAUCCACCUAUUGGUAAUGAACAAUGUUGUACACAAAAUGGUCAAGUUUAUAGUAUAACUGUUCAACCAAAUGAAUCUAUUGAAGCUGAACUUAUUCUUGUUCCAGCUGAAAUUGCUUUCUAUGAUUUUCUUCUUCCAAUUCGUACAUGCCCACCAUUAGUUAAUGUUGAAGGUUUAUCACAAGCAUCAAAACCUUCAUCAGCUAUACAUCAUCAUCGUGAAUUAAGUGCAAGUGAACAAAAAGCCUUACAACCAUCACAUCCACCUAUAAAUCGUCGUAUACGUGCAACAGCAUUAUCUGAUUGUUUACAAUUAUCAACAAAAGAAUUACAUUUUCAAAUGUAUUCAACACAAUAUAAUGCUAUGAAACAAGGUGCUUAUUGUGAUUGUCAAGAAAUCAUAUUAAUAAAUAAUAGUAAAAAAAAAAUUCAUUGGCAACUUGAUUUACGUGAUAAUAUAACAUUAGAUAAUGAUAUAUUUCGUGUAGUACAUUCAUCACUUGUACCAUUUAUAAGUCCAUCAACAAAUAUUGGACCAGAAAGUGAAAUUGAACCCAAAGAAAUUUUUUCAUUUAAAAUUAAUUUUAUACCAAAAAAACCUGGAAUAUAUAAAACACGUAUACCAUUUUAUAUAAAUCAUAAUCAACAAAUACCUUAUACAUAUAUUGAAUUAAUUGGAGAAUUAAUUAUGCCAAGUUUAAUAUUUGAACCAAGACGUUUAAUUCUUCCACCAGUACCACUUGAUAUUGAAAGUGUUGGAACAGUUCGUGUACGAACAAAAGGUUUUGAAAAAAAUACAAAAUUAAUUAUCUUAUCUCAUGUUAAACCAAUAGAUGUUUCAUAUGAAUUUCAUGCAUCAUUUGUUGAACCAGCAAUAGUUACUGUUGAUAAACAACAAGAUUUUACGAUGAAAAUAUUUUUUAGUAGUAAUCAUUCAUAUUCUGAAAAACUUAUUGUUAAAAUAAUUGAUGAAGAAAGAAAUAGUUUUGAAUAUGAAGUUUAUGUUACAGCUGAUAAUUCAAUAUUUACAUGUUAUUCAUUUUUAUGGAAAUCAGAAAAUGAUUAUCAAAUUGUUGUACAACCAGGUCAAAUUAUGAAAGGAAGUAGAAUUAGAUCUGAUGAAAGUAAUUCAAGUGGUGAACCACUUUUAGUUCAAAAACGUACAGCAACAAGUUCAAAUUCUCGACCAAAUACAAGUACAAGUGCAACAUUUGAUCCAAUUGAUCAAACAUCUGAUGAAACAUCAACAGAUGAAAAUAUAUCAGCACAAAAUCGAAAUGAACGUUCUCCGACACCUUAUGCUCGUAUUCGUUCUGGUUCAUCAAAUACAUUUCAUCAAGCAACAACUGUUAGUCAAGAAUUAAAUGCUGUUUCAAUUCCAUAUUUGGAUAAUGAUUCAAAAACAUUUCAAUGGCUUGUAUCAACACUUGAACGAUGGUAUUCGAAUCAAGGUUGGCCUAAAGGUACACAUUCUGUUAAAAUUCCUCAAUCAUUUCGAAAUGCAUUAUUUAAACGACUAUUUGAAACAGUUGGAACCAAACAAAAUGCAAAAGAAGAACAAAAAACAAUUUAUGAUAUGAUAACACAUUUAAGUGGACAUGCAUUACCAGGUAUACCACAAAAUUCUGUACCACCAAAAAAAAUGGAUGAAGCUACAAAACAAUAUUUAUGGCAACAUCGUUUAUUAUUAUUAUUUUUAAAAACACAAGGUUCAUGUACAGCUUUUAUUCGUCCAGAAUAUCUUCUUCCAUUCGAUUUAUAUAAUGUUUAUGUACAAAUGCGUGAAACAGCUUUAUCAGCAAGUAUACCGAAUGAACAAAAAGAUACUGAAUUAACUCAAGAACUUACAAAACCUCUUCAUUUAUCACAAGAAGUUUUUGAAACUGUAUCCAAAAAAACAUGGGUCGAUGUACUGAUGCAAAUACUUAAAAGUCUUGUACUUGGUCGUAUAACACCAAAAUCAUAUGAACAAUUAGGUAUACCAGAACGAAGUAAAUUAAUGCCAGAUAUAAAUACUGAUCCAACAUCAAGUAAUAUUUAUGGUAUUAGUGAACGAAUAUUAUUAACAUGGCUUAAUUAUUGUUAUUCAAAUUAUCGUGAACAAGUUUGGACACAUCGUGAACAAUCUAAUAUGCCAUCUGGUCGUUGGAUUGUCAAUUUUGAUAUUGAUCUUGUUGACAGUAUUGUACUUGGUACAGUAUUAGGUGCCUAUUGUCCAUUUUUAAUUGAACCUCAUUUACAACGUAUGUAUGUUCAUCCAACAACUGGUGAACAAUAUUUACAAAAUGCACUUAUUAUUAUUUCUUGUUUAUUACAACUUGGUCUUGAAUAUGAUCUUCAAGCAUUAGAUAUAACACGUGCUGAUCCUAUAUGCAUGUGUUUAUUUGUUUGUUAUUUAUAUGAACAUUUACCUGAGUAUUUAUCCAAAGGUACAAUACAAUUUGGUGGUAUUUUACAUGAACCAUCGACAUCACAAGUUAAAAUAACAAAUCCAAGUAUACAAACAUUAACUUAUUCAAUGAAUAUUAUUGGUCGCGAUGCUGAUGAAUUUCAACUUGUUAAAGGUGCAACAUUAAGUAUACCAGCUAAAACAUCAUUAUUAGUUAAUAUUCAAUCGAAAAAUAAUCGUCUUCGACCAACUGAUGCUGUUUUAUUAUUAUAUGGAAAACGAACAAGUACUUAUCCAGGUUCAGCUAUGGUCUUUUAUUUACAAGGUUCAAUACAAACAGUUACACCAAAAUGUGUUUAUUCGACAAAGAAAAUUCAUCGUAUUGAAGCACCACUUUAUAAAAUAACAAAAUCAACAAUUGAAAUAACAAAUCCAUAUGAUCAAGGUGGUAUCUUUCAAGUAGCUAUUGUUAAUUCAUCUGAAAAUACACAGGAAAUGAAAAAUCCAUUAGUUACAUCAAUUGAAGGAAAUAAAAAAGAUACAGUUGAAGAAUUAUUUCAGAAUUUAAAAAAAACUAAAAAAAGAUCAAAUCAAAAUCAUGAAGCUGAUUGUUUUUUUAUUGAACAAACUUCAAUUGAAUUAAAAGCACAUGAAACAAAACAUUUUGAAGUGCAAUAUAUUGCAACAACAUCCAAACGUCGUGAAGCAUUACUUGUUUUUAUGAAUGAAACAAUAGGAGAAUUUCUUUUUCUUAUUGAAGGUAUUCCAAAGAAACCUGAACCAUUUCCCGUAUCCAGUGACAAAGCAAUGAAAUUUGAUCAGAAGAAAGCUAAAAUAGAAAAACUACGCUUUCAAGCUGUAGUUGGUGUAACAAAUGUAUUUGAUAUUGAUAUUCCUGUAAAAAAUAGUCAACGACACAAUGCUUUAGUUGCUGUUCGAUGGCAGGGCAUGUCAGAACGUGAACGACAAAAACAAACAUUACUUGGUUUAACUAAUCAAUUACCAGAACCUUCAAAAAAAACUUUUCAUCCAUAUUCUCGUUUACCUGAAUUUAAAGUUCAAUCAUCAUCAACAUCAAAUAAUUUUAUUAUUCCAACAAGUUUAUCAUUUCCAACCGAAGAAUUAUCUGUUAAAUUACCAAUACGUUUUCAAGCUGAUAAAACAGGUAUUUAUUCAACAAGAGUUUCUUUAACAUGUGGUGAUGAUAUACGUGAUUUUGAUAUUGAAAUACAUUGUGUUACACAAAGUGAUAAUGAUAAACAAACAGCUGGAUUACAUAUGAGAACAAGUGUAUUUACACCUGUACAACAAAACAUUCCAAUUGCUAAUUCAACUGAAGAUGAUUGGAAUAUGACAGCAACAUUUUCGGGUAAUAAAGCAUUUUCUGGACCAAAAACAUUUCGUGUUGAAGCUAAAUCAGUCUAUCAAUAUCCAUUAACAUUUCAUCCACAAAUUGAAGAUGAUAAAUUUCAAGCUCAAAUGAUAAUUAGUAAUGCUGAUACAGGUUUUACACAAGCAUAUAAUCUACGUGGUAAAGCUGAUCGUGGACCACCUAUCGGUCAUUUACAAUUAGAAAGCAAAGUUGGUUCAACAACAACUCAUACUAUUAAUAUAUCAAAUAAAAAAGCGAAGAGAACUGCAUAUUUUGUCACAUGUAAUCUUCCAUUUGUUCAAGGACCACCUUAUGUUUGUGUUCAACCAAAAAAAUCUGCUCGAUAUGAAUUUGAAAUUUGUCCACCAAAACGAGGCACUUAUAAAGGUGUUGUCGUUUUUCAACCAGGACCAUGGCCUAUUAAAGAUAUUGAUUCUGAUGGUGAUGAAAUUCCACCACUUGAACAAGAUGAUCCGGCAGAUUUUCAAUAUUCACUUUGGUUUACGGUUGAUAUUAACGUUCAAUCACCUAAUCCUCAAACAACAGUUGAUUUAACAGCACCAUGUUUAGGUUCAAAUUCAUUAAUUAUUCCAUUGAAAAAUCCGCUUGAUCAUCCAAUACGAUUAGAUAUUGAUUUAGAAACAUUACCAGAUGUUAUUGGUAAUGAUUCAAUAGAAAUAGAAGCAAAUGGUGAAGCUCGUUAUGAACUUAUAUUCAAACCGAAAACUAUUGGAAAUUGGAAUGGAGGUCUUAUCUUUUAUAAUGAUGAAAUUGGUGAAUUUUGGUAUGAAAUUAAUUUAAUUAGUACAAAUCCACAAAAAGUUGAAUUACCAUCAAUGAGUGCACCACUUGGAGGAAAUGCUACACAAGAAAUAACAAUUGAAAAUCCACUGGAUGAACACGUUACAUUUCAAACAAUAUUAUCAAAUAAUAAUAAUUUUACAAUAAAUACUGAUCAAGAUACAAUAACAGUUCAACCUAAAAGUCAAGCUAAAGUUAAUAUUAUAUUUAAUCCUUCAUCAAUUGGAAAUGGAACUGAACAAAAACAUCAAUCGAAAAUUUCAUUUGUUAAUGAUAAGAUUCAAACAAAUCAGGAUUCUCUUCCGAGUACUGAAAAACUUGGUACAUUGAAAUAUACUGUUAAAGGUGUUGGUACAAAACCUCAAAAACAACAAUCUCCUAUUAUUAUGACAAGUGAAACUGGUGUUAGCUCAACAACAAAUAUUGAUUUUCAAAAUCCAUCUAAUCAUCCGAUUCGAUGUGAUUUUUCUCUUUCAUCUGGAAUGAAUAAUUCAUUUCGUAUUUUACUUGAUAAAAUUGAAAAUAUAUCAAUUGGACCACGAGAAAAAUUUCAUAUUCCAAUUGCGUUUUGUCCAGAAACCUUAUCUCGACAUGACGCACAAUUACGUAUUAUUGGACGUUUACCAGAAGGAAAAGCUUGGUCACUGGACAAUCCUGAUGCAUCCGAACUUUCAUGGACAUAUCCUUUACAAGGCAUUGCUUUUAAUUGGAUUCGUCAGAAAGAUGAAGCGGAUAAUCAAUUGACAAUAAUUGAAUGUGUAGCUGGUGAACGAGUUGAACAACAACUUGAAUUUGAAUUAAAUCGACAAUUAUUUCGUUUUGAUAAUCGACAUUUAAAUAUAAAAAGAAAUCCAACUGCUAUUGAAAAUUAUACAAUCAUUAAUGAAAAUAUUUCUAAUCAAGAAUUUGUUCAAAAUUCAAUUGGUAUUCAACUUCUUAAACGUGAUAAUGAAAAAAGUGAUAUUGUUCGUUUUAAUAUUAUUUAUACACCAUCAAAAUUUAUAACAAUGGAUUGUAUACUUGUUUUAACACUUGCAACUGGUGGUCAAUUAAAAUAUCCAUUACGAUUUGUUAAACUUGACAUACCACCAGAUGAUGAGAUUACACUUGAAGCUGUUGGCCUUAAUAAAAUUUCUACUAUUGGUUUCCGUUUAUAUAGUCCAGUAGAUUCACCAAUUCCAUUUGAAGCUUAUUUUACAUCAAACAGUGAUCGAUCAUUCGGUAUAACACCAGAGUAUGGUGAAUUAUUACCAGCAAGUGCAAAUGGUACUUUAUUAAAAAUAUCAUUUUGUCCAACUGUUUAUGGACGAACUUUCAACGCUAUGUUAAUUGUGAAUGCACAAGAUCAUCAAUGGAAAUAUGUUGUUCGUGGUGUAUUACCGCAUUAUGAACCACCAAAAAAUCGUUCAAGUUUACCAUCUGUUAAUAGUGAUGAAUUCGCUAGUCGACGAGCAGGAGCUAAGAAACGAAAUUUUAUUCUUGAAAAUCUUCAACUUCAACAAACAGCUGUCUCAUCACCGAUAAAAGGUGCAUCUGUGUUAACAAAACCAAGUGAAACAACCAGUGUUUAA